CAGCAAAACCGCGCCAGCCCACAUGUCCCUCGCACGUUCUGCUCCCAUCGACCAGGCGUGCUAGGUUUGGGUCGUCGCCAGCACCAGCGCACCCCUCGCCUCCUCUGCCGCACCUCGCCCUUCUAUGUCGGACCUCGCCGCCGCCGACCUCUGGUACGGCAUCACCAUCUGGACCCUCCCCACACCCUGCCAGCACGCCGCCAGACACCCUCCUCGCCCACACGCGGUGGCCUCUCUGAUCCCACGGCUGCGCUCGCCCCUGUCCUCGCCGGCGUCGCAGCCUCAGGACAGAUUAUUGAAGCUCUUAUGAAGUAGCGAUUGACUAAAACCAGGGGCAAGAUGAGGAUUUGUUUGCUUGAACAACAGAGAUUGCUUGGAUUAAGUGGGGUGAAGAUGUUCUUGUUGUCUAUAUCUGAAAUGAAAAACCUGAUGAAGAUCCUUCUGAGGAAAGGUUCUCUUUGACUGUUUGUUCUUUGAACUCUUUUCCCGUCUCCUUAUAUUCAUGUCUUAGUUCUAUUUUUGGGUAGGCGUUAGAUGUGCCUCUUCUCGCACUGCACAGGGCCAUCAACAGAGAAGCCAAACAAGCAACACUGCAGUAGGAAAAACAAUGAUACACGGCGCUCUCCCAGUGCGCGCGCCCAAUAUAAUGUAAAGGCAACAGCUGCUAGCUGCUCUGCCGCAGGUGCAAAGACAAACUUAAUCCUUUGCCGAAAACAAUUGCACUACGCACAAGCACAAUCACCUGUAGGCAUGGGUGAAGCCAGUAGUCAAUGGGUCAUCUCCAUACUCCAGGUUUUGAAGGCAAGAGAUUCAAAGUCGGGCUGUAAUCUCAUUGGGGUCGUUUCUUAUCAUCAUUGGGGACUGCAUGUUUUCAACAGACCAUUUUUAUCUCAUAUCCAGUAGUUUUGAUGGCAAAUAGACACUGCUUUACUAUAACUUUUUUGUGUGGGCGUGUCCUUUUAUUACGUUGGAACUUGGAAGUGGUAUGUUGGUGUUGCAUUUGUGACACUAAAAGUUGUACUUGCUAAUGAUACCAGGUGGUAUCUUGAGAAUGUGUUAUUUCCUUGAAAUAAUCACCAUUGUUUUGUCACUUGGUCUUUAUCACAUAUUGGUAUACACUAGAACAUAGUAACAGGCUUGCCGAUCAAAACAUCUGUUCACGGCUUGUUCAUCUUGUAUAUUACUUAAAACCAGAUGGACACUGAGCCUGAAUGCAGAAUAGUUUUUUUCAUCGUUGCGAAAUAUUAUUUUGCUUUAAUCAAUGUGUAUAUAUAUAUAUUUUUUCCAUGGCUGCCAAACACCCCGUCCAAAUAAAACACAAUCAAUCUACGCAUUAUAUUGCCAGAUGCAACCCCCAAAAAAGUCGCCAAAUGUGCAAUUGAGGGUGGUGGAAAUCUUGGACUGGGGAGGAGGAGAUAAUUUGAUGAAGAAGAAAAAGAAGAAGAAAAUAAAUAAGAAAAACAAGAAUAAAAUGUCCAUGAGAAUUCUAAAUGUAUAAAUUUGACAUGAUUAGUGUUGGACCACUAGAAUUUUAUGCUCCUUGUCCGUCUAAUUUUAUUAUGCUCCCGAUGCAACGCACGGGCAAUUACCUAGUAUAUAUAGAGAAGAUUAAUGAGAUGAGAAAAAACUUUGGCCACUACUUCAAAAAAUAAAUAAAAUAAGUGAAUCUUCUUUCGCACAAUGAAAUGGCGCCAUCUCAAGAAAAUAAAUAAAUCGCAGGGCAAGACACGCGAAGCAACCGGCGCAAAAUCCAAACCCUAAACCCCAAGAGGCGAAAAUCCCACAAGUCCAGACAGAAGCGAGAGUCCCCCUUCCCAACCAUUCCCUCCGUGGAAGAGAAUCCACAAGCAGGAAGACCAGGGGUUGUAGGAAGACCAGGUUUUGGGGGGCGGCAAGAUGAGCACGGUGGACAAGAUGCUGAUCAAGGGAAUCCGGAGCUUCGGCCCGGAGAGCAAGAACGUCAUCACCUUCUUCAGGCCGCUCACCCUCAUCGUCGGCUCCAACGGAGCCGGCAAAACCACGAUCAUCGAGUGCCUGAAGCUGUCCUGCACCGGCGAGUUGCCCCCCAACUCCCGCUCCGGCCACACCUUCGUCCAUGACCCCAAGGUGGCAGGUGAAACCGAAACGAAAGGGCAGAUUAAGCUGCGGUUUAAGACGGCAGCAGGAAAGGAUGUGGUGUGCAUCCGAUCUUUCCAGCUUACCCAGAAGGCAUCAAAGAUGGAGUUUAAGGCAAUCGAGAGCGUCCUCCAGACCAUAAAUCCACACACGGGCGAGAAGGUUUGUCUCAGCUACAAAUGUGCUGAUAUGGAUAGGGAGAUUCCAGCCUUAAUGGGUAUUUCGAAGGCUAUAUUGGAUAAUGUUAUAUUUGUGCACCAAGACGAAUCCAAUUGGCCGUUACAGGACCCGUCAACACUUAAGAAAAAGUUUGACGACAUCUUUUCUGCUACCCGCUAUACCAAAGCUCUCGAAGUCAUAAAGAAACUUCAAAAGGACCAAGCACAGGAAAUCAAGACUUUUAGGUUAAAGCUGGAGAACCUUCAAACUCUUAAAGAUCAAGUAUACAGGCUUCGGGACAGUAUUGCGCAAGAUCAAGAGAAGUCAGAUGCCUUAAAAGCUCAAAUGGAGGACCUGAAAACAAACAUCCAGGCUGUCGAAAACAAAAUCCGUCGUACCGAAACAAGUAUCAUGGACUUGAGGAGACUUCAGGAGCAAAUUAGCACCAAGGCAACAGCUAGAAGUACAUAUUUAACACUUCAGCAGCAACAGCAUGCUGCCCUUUCUGAGGAAAAUGAAGAUACCGAUGAGGAACUGAGGGAGUGGCAGACAACAUUUGAAGAAAAAAUUGCGCUACUGGAUACAAAAAUCGGUAAACUUGAACGAGAGAUGAAUGAUGAAUAUACAAAAAUCUCUCUGCUAUCUGAGACCAUCAAUGAUUCAACACGUCAAAUAGGGAAGCUCCAGGCAGAAGCUGAUGCUCACGUGUCGGUGAAGCACGAACGAGACUCAGCCAUCAGAAAGAUAUUCAAUAAACAUAAUCUCGGGCCAAUUCCUGAUGCUCCUUUUACUAAUGCUAUUGCCACGAACCUUACAUACAGGACUAAAGCAAGACUAUCGAGUCUCGAGGACGAUUUGCAGGAAAAGAAGAAAUCUAGUGAGACACAGUUAGAGUUUCUUUGGGGACGUUAUCUCAAAGUAAAUGUCCGCUACUCUGAAGUUGAUGGCCAGAUACAAUCUAAGAAAGAAUCUAAGAUAGGUGUUUUAAGGCGCAUGAAAGAUAAAGAGAAUGAACGAGAUGCUGCAGAGAUGGAGCUUUCAAAGCAUAAUCUGGCCCGUAUUGAUGAAAGAGAUCGGCAUUUGCAAAUUGAGGUUGAGAAGAAGACAAAUGCCUUGGGAGAAAGAGACUAUGAUUUGAUUAUAAGUCAGAAGCGCCCAGAGAUAUAUGCAUUGGAUCACAAGAUAAAAACACUUCACCGGGAGAAAGAUAACAUAACUACUGAUGCUGAUGACAGAGUAAAAUUAGAACUGAAGAAGGAUGAAUUGGAAAAGUGCAAGAAGAAACUUAAAAAGAUAUAUGAUGAACAUAAGGACAAAUUUAGAAGUGUUCUUAAGGGGAGGCUUCCUUAUGAGAAGGAUGUCAAGAAGGAGAUUACUCGAGCUUUUGGGUUUGUAGACGCAGAAUACAAUGAUUUGAGCUCAAAAUCUCUGGAAGCAGAACAGCAGUCGAAAUUGGCACAAAUGAAAAUUUCUGCUGCUAGAAGCCACUUGUCAAAGCUCCAAAAAGAUUUGGACGCAAAAAGAAACCAUCUGAACUCGAAACUUCAACCCAUUACUAAGGUAUCUGUUGACAUCAACACUUACCCCAAGAUUCUGAAAGAUGCCAUGGACGACAGAGAUAAACAAACAAAUACGUACAAUUAUGCAAAGGGAAUGCGGCAAAUGUAUGAACCUUUUGAAAAAGUGGCCCGCCAGCAGCACAAGUGUCCUUGCUGUGAUCGUGUUUUCACACCUGAUGAAGAGGACAUCUUUGUGAAGAAGCAAAGGACUACAAGCACAAGUACCGCAGAGCGCCUGAAUGUACUGGCAAUCGAAUUAUCAAAUGCUGAAGACUUUUUCAAUCGAUUGGAUAAUUUCCGUGUGGUUUAUGAUGAAUAUGUGAAACUGGGGAAAGAGAACAUACCUUUAGCAGAGAAGGAUUUGGAACAACUUUUGGCAGAUGAAAGUGAGAAGGCGCAGAUAUUCAAAGACCUUGUGAGUGCUCUUGCUCAAGUUAAAACGGACAGGGAUGGAGUCGAAGUCUUGUUACAUCCAGUUGAUACUAUCAACAGGCAUGUGCAAGAAAUACAGGAGUUAGAACCACAAGUCAAAGAUCUUGAAUAUAAGCUUGAUUCUCGUGGCCAAGGUGUUAAAUCUGUCGAGGAAAUCCAGUUGGAGCUGAACUCUGUGCAGAGGGCAAGGGACACAUUGAUCAGUGAAGUAGACGAUCUCAGGGAUCAGCAAAAAAUACUUAGCGAGGAUCUGUCAAAUGCUCAGAUGCGGUGGCAUGCUCUUAGGGAAGAAAAACUAAGAGCCUCAAGUGUAUUGCUGAAGUUCAAAAAGGCUGAAGAAGAUUUGGUACUUUUUGCUGAGGAAAAAGAGCAACUGAUCAUAGAUCAGAAGCAUUUAGAAGAGGCUCUUGUUCCAUUGUCAAAAGAGAGAGAAAGCUUGUUGCAAGAGCAUAAAGCUUUGAAGGAAAGGCUUGACCAGGAGUAUGAUCAGCUAGCUGAAAGAAAAAGGGGAUUCCAGCAAGAAAUCGACGCACUUGGAACCCUUAACACACGCAUCAAAGGGUACCUGGAUGCAAAGAAAGUAGAGAAGCUUAAUGAACUGCAGGAAAGGCAUACCCUAUCCCUGUCUCAGUUACAGAAAUGUGAGGCAAGAAAGCAAGACAUCUCGGUUGAGCUUGACAAGAGUAAACAGCUAUUGCGCAGCCAAGAUCAAUUGAAAAGAAACAUUGAUGACAAUCUGAACUACAGGAAAACAAAGGCUGAAGUGGAUCGACUUGCUCAUGAUAUCGAGUUACUUGAAGAAAAUGUGCUUUCCAUCGGCAGCAAGUCCACAAUAAGAGCUGAUCAUAAGCGGCAUGCUCAAGAAAAGGAGAAGCUUCUUUCAGAGUAUAAUAGGUGUGAAGGAACAAUUUCUGUUUACCAAAGUAAUAUUUCAAAGCACAAACUUGAGCUUAAACAGACACAAUACAAGGAUAUUGAGAAAAGAUAUUUUAACCAACUUCUCCAACUUAAGACAACUGAGAUGGCAAAUAAGGACUUGGAGCGAUACUAUGCUGCUUUGGAUAAGGCUCUUAUGCGGUUCCAUACCAUGAAAAUGGAAGAGAUAAAUAAAAUAAUAAAGGAAUUGUGGCAGCAGACAUACAGAGGCCAAGAUAUUGAUUGCAUAAGCAUCAGUUCUGACUCCGAGGGUGCAGGCACUCGAUCAUAUAGCUAUCGUGUUGUCAUGCAAAAUGGUGGUGCUGAGCUGGAAAUGCGAGGGCGAUGCAGUGCUGGCCAGAAGGUUCUUGCUUCUCUUAUAAUCAGACUGGCACUGGCAGAGACAUUCUGUCUGAAUUGCGGCAUAUUAGCUCUGGAUGAGCCAACCACCAAUCUUGACGGGCCGAAUGCGGAGAGCCUAGCUGCUGCCCUAUUGAGAAUAAUGGAAAGCAGAAAAGGCCAGGAGAACUUCCAGCUGAUUGUAAUCACCCAUGAUGAGCGGUUUGCUCAGCUUAUUGGUCAGAGGCAGCUUGCCGAGAAGUACUACCGAGUUUCCAAGGAUGAGCAACAACACAGCAAAAUUGAAUCCCAGGAGAUAUUUGACUGACGAUGAUUUCUUGGUGCAUAUAUGCUCUUAGAGCUAAAUCUGUUUACCGGCCAAGCGGGCGCGGUUCAGUAUGAUGAUGGGCUGUCAUGGAGAGAAAUGGGUCCCAGCGAACGAGCGUGAUAUCCGACUAGGUUCAUUAGUUUGGUUUCUGUGCAUGCAUGCAAUUGGCCGUUUUUUGUUGUCCAUAAUCUGAAGGUGGUACUGUGUUGUCUCUUUUUAUUCUAAAAUUGACGCCUUAUGCAGCCUCUAAACAAGCGAAAAUGGUCCGUGGAAAAAUGUGCGGCUGCUUUUCUUCCGCCGAGCGCUAGCAAGCGAAAAGGGAGACCUUUAUUUUUUUUUAUCGUCAAAAAUAUUUUCCCGCACUUCAAAAAAUUCUGAAAAGAGUUCACACACACGCGCGUAUUGUAGAAUAACUAUUUUGUACGCCAGUUUAGAACGGCAGCAGACUAACC